UUGCUUAUUUAAAUUUUUGUAACAUUUCAUGGGAAAAAAAUUUAAGCUAAAGAGUUUAAUUCAGAGUCUCAAUAAUUCAAGAGGCUUCCAAGUUCAAGGACUAAGUCCUUAUAUUCUAGAAUUGUGAAAAAAUGGGAAAUAAUCUUGUUAGAAUGUUUUGGUUGAAGAUGGAUUAACACAAAAGGAUCCUAGGAGGGGUUAAGAAAAUAUAUUCUUAUUGUGAAGUGGCUGUUGAAGUUAGGGGACAGAUUAUUUACCUAUUCACCUUGACUAGCUCAAACAGUAAUGGCCAUCAGCUAAGGACUUAGCAGACUCAUGCUAAGAUGGGGUCAAACGCUUAGUCAUCUGAAGUGGAUUGGCAAUUUCUAGUGCAGGUAGCUAUUGGUGGCACUUGACCUAUCUCCUUAACAUAUAUAUCUGGCAUCUUCUCUCUCCUAUCCUCCUUUUUCCUUGUUUUUCUCCUUUUUUGAUUCUUCUUGUGACAGGCCUGCCAGUAGUACUCAGGCUUAGCCCCUUUGAAAAAAGUAAAGAAAUUGCUGACUCCUAUCUUAGAACAUAGCUAACUGAUGAUCCAGAAAGAUUUCUGAAUUAUUAAGUAAUUAGACAGUUUUUUCUGACUGCUAUUUUCCCCAUAGUUGGCAGUUUCAAGGGCAUCAAAUUAACAUUUGUUAAGAAAUUUGUGAAUUGAAGAGAGUAUAAAGUAUGUGUAUUUUAGGUUAGUUACUGGGAAUGGAGACUUGCUGGUUUGGAAAUUUGAGAGCAGAAAGGGGAGAGCUUGUUUAAUGUGUUUGUGAAUGGGGUUGUGAGAAGUAUAUAAACAAGAAAAUGGUUUGAAGGUAAAGUAGAAUUUUUAUUGAAGGCAGGAAAAGGUAUAAGAUGGCCUCUGAAUGAGAAUUGUUUGCUAAAGACAAUGAAGUUGAUCUUGACUAAAGAAGUUUUAAUAAAAGUAGGGAAAAUGAAUCCCCCAUUUGUUAUGUGAAAACUGUUAAUCUAUAGCUAGAGUUUUGGUGAUGAGGCAUUAUACAGAUCUAUUUUCAUUUGUAGGAUGUUUGCUUUUCUGGGACAAAUUAAGUAGCAGAAUUGUGGAAUGGCGGCUUUUUCUAGUCAAGGCAAGUUGGUGCUGGGGACUUAUUUUGAGAAAAAGAAGAUAAGAAAAUUUCAAACUUUUUAAGUUGCCAUUUUUAAACUAUCAAAAAUAUUUAUCAUACAGACUAUUUUCUUGACCCUUGUUACAGUAGUUUACCUUUUACUUUUCAAAAUGGUCAUUAGAUCAAAUUACUGAUUUGCUGUCCACAAAGACUCAAAUUAUUCCUUGCUUUUAUAGGAAAGGGCAAACCAUGUAAAAACACUAAAUUGCAAUUUUAAGUAUAUUUUCUAUUUAUUAAUACAUCUGCAAUCCUAGUAACCAUUAAAUCUUGUGAACUUUAUGAAGCCCUCAAUAAUAUUAUAUUUCUAAAAUUAGAAUACAUGCCCCUCAACUUAUGUUUCUGUUUUCUCACUUUUUACUUUAAAAUUAUAGUAUUCCCAAGAGUUCCAUGGUAGAAGAUUUAAUAAUAUAACUUAGUAUACAUCUGAGAGCUUCUUAAUGUCAUUUGUAGGGUGAGCUGAUAGUGUUUAGAUUUCUGUUCCCAUUAUCCUGGUAGCAUUUUAAAUUACUUAUAAUAAAUAAUUAGUAUAAUAUUUGUUUUUGAAGUUACAAAAUUUAAGUCAAUUUGGAUUAACUCUUUGUUGUCAAAUUUGGUAUGGAAUUAUUCCCAGUGAUUUUGACAGAUUACUUUCAGGUUUCCUUUUACUCAUAUCUGUAUAAAUUAGUGAUAAAAAUCUCUUUAAAAAUAGCCCCCCAAAAAGGGCUGCAGGUUUUGUACUUGGAAGGUAAUUUUUCUUUUCUAUAAAUAUCAAGUUUAUUAAUAAUAGCAGGAUUAUUUUUAUUAUAGCUUGUUUUGUAGAGUUGGCACUUAGUAUAAUUUCCAUACUUUAUUGUGCAUCAGAUUUUAAAUUAUAAUACAGUUACAUACUAUAACUUGUUUAAGUCAGUAAAGAGUCUUCUUAAAUAGCCCCUCCCUUACAAAUCACUUAUAAAGAAGUGAAUUUGUAAACCUUCAUCAAGAACCAGUUAUUUAAAUGACUGAGACAAGUUUUUGAAAGACUUCCUUAAGUCUAGUCAGUGGAGAUAAAUGUUAGCCCAUUUCCAUGCUGCAUACAGUUGUUAGGGUUUAUAAAGUUGUCAAUAUGUACAAGUGCAAAAGCAGGAAAGACAAUAUAAAAUUGCCUGUGAAAUUUCUAGUUUUCAUUAUUUGCACUACUUACCUUUGCACUUGAUUUUUUGAAAGUUAAGACUAGUCACUUUCACUUUUGUUUCUAGUCUUUUCUGAUUUCUUACAGAAUUAUGUUUUCAAUAUCCCACCCAAAGCAAAACUUAUAUGCAACUAAAUGUGCUUUAUAAGGCCAAGAAAAUAUUUUUAGUGUUAGCUAUGUAAAAGAAAAAUUUGUUUUGAUAAACUUUUUAAUAUAGGCAUUUAUUUGCCAAUAAAAUCCUUUGUAAAUGUAAGUUUUAUUAACUAUUUAAAUAGAGUUAAAGUUUAGGAAAUAUAUGUGUGUGUGUACGUGAAAUGAUGUCUUUAGAUCCAACUUCUGGCUUGAGAUGGCCUGUUUUUGGAUUGUUGGUCUGUUUUCACAGAAGUCAGUGAGAUCUGAGUCUAGCUGGGUACUGGCUUAAACAGCUGGAAGUGAAGUGGGUAGCAAAUGGCAGCUCCCUCUUUCAUGUAGUUUUCCUUAAUGUUCAUAUAGUUCCCUUAUGGUCUAUGUGAUACAACUGAUAUUGAUAUAAUUACAUUAAAUGAAUAUUACAUUUUGGAAUUCAGUUUUGAAUCACUUUUUGAGGAAGAAGAGCAUCAAUGGGUAAGAGACUUUAUUUUAACCAGAUGCAGUCUUACGACCUCAAAGAUGUACUCUAACAAGAAAAGAAUAAAAAGUGUACCUGUGAUGGUAUUUUUUGUCUUAGAUUAUGCAACACAGUAUUCAGAAUUGCAAAAAAAAAAAAAAAUUGACAGUUUAACCAAUGGAACAGAGAUGUGUUUUGGGCUAAAAUUAAUUUUUUGUAAGUUAUUUAAUUAUUUUAUAUUCCCUUUCUCAUAGAUUUUUAUGCACUACAUACUUAAAACCAAGUGAGAGGCCUCUUUUCAGAUCUGGUUUAUUUUUGGAAUGCCUGAGUGUGUUUCUGGAUAGGAAAGUGGUGUUUUAAUUCUUGACAUGCUCUUCUCAGCAUGUUUUGCUAGUCAUUCUGGAUCUUACGUUUGCAAAUUCUGUUGAAAACUCAGCGAUGUAAUGAGAAAGUCCUCUAUGACAUAGUGUGAAUGUUUGUGGCCGAAAUUAUUGUGGAGCCUUAUGGCUUUGUUUUUACUUUGGGAAGAAAAUUUAACUCCUAAAACCUGAUUUUAGGUUUAUUUAGUGGAAUUAUGCUAGAUAGUUGUCUAAAUAUUUGCUAAUUUUGGGAAAUGAAAGUUCAUAAAUGUGUAUUUGACUCCAGAUAAUCCUUUACUCAAAAUCACAAGUUAAAGGCUCACAUCAUUAAGAGUUACCUAAGCUUUAUGUUGUCAAAUCUUUAAAUGUGGAUGUUGUUCAGCAUUGUAUCUAUGAAUUUCCUUUAGGAAAAGAGAAAAAUUUAGUCUUCAAACCUUUUCUUGGAGAUUAAAUUUACCAUAUAUGGAAAAUGAAAAACUCUAGAAAGUGUCUUUAUUUUUUAAUGGAGUUUAACCAGCUUAAUUAUUUUUUCUACUUUGAAGCAUUUAUUUCCCAAAUGUGAAUAAAGGGAAAAGAUCAGCAAUUUGCCCCUCCUCUUUUAAGGCCAUUUUUAGUUUUCUGCCCCCAUUUCCCAGUCCUGGUAUAAAAUGAAUUACGGGUAUCCCUCUUAAGUCCCUAUAACCCUUUUUAGGAUCACAGAUUCAUUUAUCUUUGAUAAUCAGAUGAGAGUGAUGGACCCUCUCCCAGAAAAAAAAAAAUGCACACAGAUAAUUUUGCAUACAACCUCAGGGGCAUCACACAUGUUCUGAAACCCAAGUUAAGGAUCUCUGCUCUAAGCAAACUCUGUAGAGAAAAUUUCAGUGAAAAUUAUUGGUAAAAUUAGGAAAUAACUAUUGGCUUCAAAUAUUUCAGAUUGGAAUUAUUAUUAGAUGGUGGCCCCUACUAACAAAAUGUGACAUUGCAACCAGUUCUGUUAGAUAUAAUAACAUAAUAACAGAAAGAAGGAAGAAAAAGCAAAGUUCUGAGAGCUGUUUUUAUGGAGUCAGGGCAUCUCUAUAUGUGGGAGCCAUUACUGGUUCAAGGCAGGGGUCAGGGUGCCUGACAAAUUCUAGCAGGGUAGAGUUUGAUAAAUCAUAUUGCUCAGGAUGCCAAGGGGUUAACCAUUAUCUUAACCCCUUCCUCACCAAAAGAUUUUAGUUUUGUCUAUUGGGAACAAGAUGUCACUAGGGAAAAAAUAGAUUUGCCUUACAACUUUGCUGGAACACAUCAGUUUGGUGACAGAUGGGACACUAGUGUUAUUUUUAAGAAGGUGCAUAAAACCAAAGUAAAUUAUUCUCUAUGUAGAACUUUAUUUACUCGUAAUAUUUGUUUGGGUAUAUUAGCUUUGACAAUUUUUACCAGUAAAUAUUAGUUUUAUUUAAAACUGGGAAUUCAGUUUAUAAAUAGGAUAGUUGAUAUAUCUGUUCUUUCCCUUGUGUAAAGAAUAGUUUAAAGAUUUAUGCACACUUUUUACUUUUCUCUCUUAAUGCCAUGGGGUGGGGUGGGUGAGUCGAGGAAGAUCAUUGAGUCAAUAACUGACAAAAUGUCUUCUUCAAAUUUAAAAAUUGAAAAGCAGCACUUUAAGUCUAACUCUACACCGUUUUAUUGCAUGUAUUAGUUUUAAUAAUUUUUGGUGCAUGCCUUUGGGCUUAUUCAAAAGUGUACAAUAGGAAAGUAUAUUUCCUUUCUUAGAAAGGAGAUGUUUUUCUACUUUGCAACAUGUGAUUACAAAAAUCUUCCUCUGUGGGAAGAUUAACCUUGUAUUGAACUACUGAAAAGUAUAUAUUUUUAGAUAUACAGAAGGAAUCUACAUGGAGCAGCAUUCAGACCUAUAUAGAAGUCAUAGCAUUCUGUAUAGGACCAAAAAGGAAGUUACCUUAAACACUUAAACAGACUUUGUUGGGUAGAAAUACCUUUAGAUCUUGCAUUGACUUCCAAAAAGAAAAUGCCACAAAAGUUUGCUGAAAACUUUUGUUGCUUGAAUUUUCUCUGUCAGUGUAUUUAGCCCAAAUGUAACAGCUUUGGGUUAGCACACAUGUAAGAAUCAAAAACACCAAGCUAACUAAAUAGUUCAGUCUUGUUUGCCAAUCCAGCUUGACUGAAAUAAGCAAACUAAUCACACACAACGUGAAAAACUGUCCAACUCCUCAAAGGUUUUGACAAAAUAACCUUGGCUGAUGUGGGAAGACUCCCACUUCAAUUUCUGACCUGACAGUGAAGAUUCAUGCUUGACAUGAUUUCAUACCUGACAGUGUCUGUUUAAGGAGCUAUGGUACAGUUUGCUAAUUCAAUCCCAGAUACCUGUUGAUCACCUGUGAGAUCUAGAGUCCAAAGUAGCCAGCAGCCGUAUCCCUGAGUGCUCUGUGCCCAUCAGAUAUCUUAAAGUAAUCAGGGUUGGGACUGGUCGCAGCUUGGAUGAUUGACCUUAGAUGCUAUAGACAGCCCCAGAUUCAAGAAUUGUGUCUGCUUUCUUGAGAGUCAUCACUGAACUAGUGUCCCACACUGUUACUUACUGUAGAUGCUCUUAGAGGAGGCCCAGAGCACACAUCCUAAUCCCUUGUGGUACUCAGAGAGGGGGUGCUAACUCUGAUGCCCUGGCCAAAUUCCAGUUUAGGGAUGUGGGUCUUCUCAUUCUAAUUGGAAAUGUGCAUCACUUCCCAUUUUUCCUGUUAAUCUCAGUGCAAACUACACUAGUCUGUUUCUUUGCCCUGGUUCCAAGUCUCUAAGAUGCUGGUGUGUAUUAUAUGGGUCAAGUUCAUGCCUUAUCCUAAUGCACAAGAGUUGAGGAAUGGGUGAGCUUGGUGUCAGAGUGCCCUGUGAUUAGAUAGUGGACUCUUGUGAUGCAGUGGGGAUGAAAUUGGCCCUCUUUUAGCAUAAGUUGGGGAAUGUGCACUGGCCAGAGGCUUCUAGCCAUGAGAUGUGAGCUGAAACCAAUUUUCCCUCUUUUCUUAUAGCAUGUUGAAAAAAUCUGUUGGGUUUUCAGCAGUCAGGGAAGGCCGGAGUUCUGCUUUAAUCUGGGUAACUGAGGCUGGUUUGAGCAAGACUUUGGUUAAUUAACUGGGUUCUCAGAUGCCACAGACUCCGUGAGAAGUCACCAUUAUUUUCAAUGGUUGUGAUAGAAUUUCCCCCUAGUAGCCAUUAUUUUAAGAUUAUAUUGCAGAGUUGCUUUAUUUUGAGCUUUUGUGUAUACACAAUCCCAAACUGGAAGAAAUUAAAAAAAAAAAAAUGGAAUCCUGCUGUGAAAGGUAUAUAUUACUCUAGAUUUUUCUUACUGUAAAUAUUGUAAGAUUGUAAUACUGUCAAUAUUUUAUUAACCAACAAAUGUUAAUCUAUGUGAAUUCAAACUUAUUUUAAAUGUGCUUCUUAUUUACUGUGUGUGGUCCCUGUUGCUGACAGUAUUAAGUUAUAUUCUGAUGUAAGAUUAACUUUAUUAAAGAAUGUAAACAUUAAUGUUUCCUUAUGGGAAAACAAAUAAAGUAUAAAGAAGACAAUUCUUUUCAUUGAAAUAUACUGUGUAUUUACACUUGCUAGACCCAGCACCACUUACAAAUUUAGUACACUGUUCAGAAUUUUAGUUAACACAGCUGACAUGGUUGUGCGCUCUUUGAAAGUCUAAGAGAAGGUAUUGUUGGAAUAUAAAGUUUGUAUUUGUCUGCUGUGAAUCAUGAUCUUGAAAUUUCUAAUCAAGUUUGUAAAAUUUUUAUAGUAAACAUUUUAAUGACAAUUUAAGAAUUUAUCUUCUCUAAAAAAUGGUCAAAACAAUAUCAUUUCAGAAAUAGAAUUGUUCUUUAAUAUCUUUCCAAAAUGACUUUGGUUAAAUGGACCAGAUGUUUAUUAGUUAAAAUUUAGGACUAAGUUGUUGGUAUUCUUUGAGUUUACAAGUUAAUCCUUAUUGGAAACGUGCCAAUAUACAGUAGAAUAUCAUUAAUUUGCACUGUUUGGGGACCCAUUUAAGAAUGCUGAAUUUUGCCAACUAAGAAGUAAAUGCAAUUUAAAAAGUAAAUUUGAGCAUUCUGUAUUAAAUAUGUGCAGUUAUUAUCACAUGAAGAAGCGCAGUGUGUCGGGCUGUAAUAUAACCAUAUUUGCUGUCAUGUUCUCCCAUCUCAGUGCUGGGAACUCACCAUGUGGAAACCAAGCAAACGUGUUGUGCAUCAGCCGGCUUGAGUUUGUUCAAUAUCAAAGCUGAAACUAGCGAGGUCUGCUGUACUGCUUAUUGAAGUAUUGUGAUUCUUUUAGGCAUUGAUUCUUACAAAAUAUAUACUGUAACAGUAUACUUUGUACAGAUUUAAAUUUUAUUUGAAAAAAUGAAAUAAAGUAGGCAAAAAAAAUAAAGAUGUUUAUUUUUCAUGUGACUGUAUAAAC